UCAGUGUCAGUGGUUUGUCGGCUUCGUACGGUUACGCCCAACCGAUGGUGACCAAUAUCUUCAGCAUGACACUUCGGAUAUAAGAGGUUAGAUUAUGUUGGAUCGCUCGAAUGGAAAAAUUAUGGCUAACAAACGAAAGAAUAGAGAAGCGUGGGCACCAACCGGGUUUGAGGAAUGGGGGGGUUAUAUGGCUGCCAAGAAGGCGAAGCUCGAGGAGCAAUUCCAGGAACGAGCUGCAUUUGAAUCAAAAAAUAACUCUACAAUUUUUCAAGGAAUUUGCAUAUUUGUCAACGGCUACACAAAACCCUCAGCCGAUGAAAUACGCUUACUUAUGAUGCAACACAGUGGAGUCUAUCACCACUACAUGCGGCCCCGUAUCACAACACAUAUCAUUGCUUCAAAUUUACCCUAUUCCAAAAUUAUGAUGCACAAAAAGAGCCAGAAUCCACUUCCUAUUGUUAAACCAGAGUGGAUUACCGAUAGCAUCAAUGCUGGUAAACUAUUGAAUUACCAGGACUAUCUUCUUUACUCACAACAUACCCGAACACAGCCUAAACUGGCUUUUGCUAAAAUUACCACUAGAACUGUAAAUACAGAAAACAAAGCAACUGAGCUGCAGCCUGAUAUUGAAUCGAUUUCAUCUGAUAAGUUAGGAAACACAGAUUCAGCUUCUGUUGCAAACAAAGUAUCUGUGACAAACAGUACAGAAAGUUCAAAAUCAAAUCCAUCUAGCAUAAAAGCUGCAAGGCUGAGUAUAUCCAAUUCAUCUUCAAAGGAAACGUCUCCAAUUAAAGUGCCUGGAAGUGAAUCUGUUAAUUCAACAAAGAAUCCGGAUUUCCUCUCUGAAUUUUACAACAAUUCAAGAUUACAUCACAUUUCCACUAUGGGAACUAUGUUCAAAGAUUAUAUCAAUGAAUUGCGAGAUAAAAGUGACAAAACGUUCCCUGGAUUAAAGAGACUAAAACAAUUUAAAAAAUCAACUCGGAUCUCGACCUCUAUGGGUCAGCUUCACUCUGAUUCUGAGGAAGAAUUAACUGAUUCACCUGUAUUAAACUCUUCAUCAGCAAAGCAGGAACCAGUCAUCAUGCAUAUAGAUAUGGAUUGCUUCUUCGUAUCAGUUGGUUUACGAAAGAGACCAGAACUACGUGGGCUGCCUGUUGCUGUUACACAUUCUAAGGGGAAGACAGCUCCGCAAAAUGGUGCUACUCGAGAAGCAGAAGUAAAAAUGUACCAGGAAAGGCUCAAGCAGAAAUUGAGUAAAAUACAUAAGGUCUCAGAAGAUAAUGAAUUGCCAUCAAGAGUUGGUAAAUUCACUGAAAACUCUUCUCUGGCUGAAAUAGCUUCAUGUUCAUAUGAGGCAAGAAAAGCUGGAGUUAAAAACGGGAUGUUUAUGGGGCAAGCACUGAAGCUUUGUCCUAAUCUGAAAACUAUAAGUUAUGAUUUUGAUGACUACACUGAAGUAUCUUACGCAUUAUAUGAUACAGUUGCUACCUAUACUUUAGAUAUCGAGGCAGUAAGCUGCGAUGAAAUGUAUGCAGAUUGUACGAAAAUUAUCGCAGAUUCUGGCUUACAGCCUCUAGAAUUUGCUACAAUCAUCAGAAAAGAGAUAAACGAAAAAACAGGCUGUCCAGUAUCCACAGGGUUUGGACAAAAUAAAUUACAAGCCAGAUUGGCUACUCGAAAAGCCAAGCCGAAUGGACAAUUCCAUCUCCAGCGUGAGCAUAUUCAACGACAUAUGAGCUCUAUGAGUAUCAGAGACCUGCCAGGUGUUGGUACCACAAUCAAUUAUAAGUUAAAUGCAAUAGGAGUCCACACCUGUGCAGAGUUGCAGAGCGUUUUUUUAGGGGAACUUCAGAAAGAACUAGGUAAAAAGACUGGAGAAAUGCUAUACAAUAUGUGCCGGGGUAUAGAUAAUUCAAAGUUGAACUUGGAGCAUGUGAGAAAGUCAGUUUCGGCCGAAGUAAACUAUGGAAUUAGAUUUGAGAAUACCACAGAUGCUGAAAAGUUCUUCAAACAAUUAUCUGAAGAGGUUUGCAAUCGACUCACAAAAGCCAGUGUCAGAGGCAGAUGUAUCACCUUGAAACUCAUGAUCAGAUCCAAGGAUGCACCUGUGGAAACAGCUAAAUACAUGGGCCACGGACUUUGCGAUCAUUUCACCAAAUCAAAGAAUCUUAUUUCACCAGUAAAUAACGUUUCCAUUAUUCUUAAGGAAGUACUCAGUAUGUGGCAUCAAUCACAACAGCUACCAGAAAAUGUGAGAGGAAUCGGUAUACAAAUUUCUAGAUUAGAACCCACCAAAAAAUGUGGUAAUUCUGAUCUUAUGUCAUUCCUUGGCAAAACAAAACGUGCAAUCACAGAUAAUAAGCCAAGUAUGUUAGGUGAUGGACUUGUUGUAAGAGAAUCAGAACCCAACACAUCAAAUGUGGAUCAAAUCUAUGAACACUUUCCAUCAGUCACAACUCCCAAUAAGAAGUCAGUAGCCACUGACACUUCUGAAAGUAUUCUGAAGCUCAACCAAAGCACAAAGUUGAUUCCUGAAUCCAACCACGGUAUAGAAUCCACGGAUACUGGGGAGAGUAAUGUAAGAAAAACAACAUCUGGCAUUACUCAGAAUCAUGAGGUACAUACAGUUUUUAAAUCCUGCUCUAAAACGCCUGCACAUGACGAAACAGUUCCAUCCACAAGUGGAGAAGACAAAGAGUUCAUUGAUCUUGAACCUGCCCCACUUAUGGAAGAUAUUGAUAAGUCAUUUUUGGCUGCAUUGCCCGAGGACAUUAGAAACGAGGUAAUAACAGCAUCUAAACAAUCGCACGGCACAAGCAUGAAGAGUAAACAAGAUAAUCCACAUUUGGUUCAGAAGAAACAAGAUUCUUAUUUUAAGGAGUCUAAACGAAAUAUAGAGAGACCUAAAAAAUCUGAGAUGCCACCCAUCCAAGAAAUCGAUCUUGAGGUUCUACUAGAGCUACCAGAUUCUAUCAGAAAUGAAAUACUAAAUGAAUAUCGUGCUAAAGCAAAAGCGACCAAGCAGCCCUCAGUUGCAAGUCUUAGCUCAGAAAGUAAUGAAGUUCACAGCAAUUCUCCAAGUGAUGAGACAAAUCUAUCGAUUUCCCAAGUGGAUCCGGAUGUUCUAGCUGCUCUACCAGAAGAUAUACAAAACGACGUUAAAAAUUACUGUGCUAAUGUGAAGAUAGGAAAUAAGGCGAAAUCUGCACAGAUAAAAGAGAAAAUAGUUUUAACUUCUGAAAAACUUCCAGCCACAAGCAAAUUGACAACCAAUCAGAAAACUAAGUGGAAAAUUGUUAAUUCAAAGAAUAUUAAAACUAGUAAAAACAAAAAACCAAACGAAGUGAUAAUUACUAAAAGUAUCAAACGGUCACCUGAAUUAAACCAACAAAGUAUGGAAAGUAGUAUCAGGGAUGUACAGCCAAUGCUACCUGACGCAGCAGAGAUCAAAAGUACACAAAGACCAAUCAAAGAAAAUGUGGUUGAAAAUAUAAAAUCAUUGAGCAUGAUUGCAAAAUCUGGAGAUCCAAAUGAUCAAAAAGCUGUACUAGGAUUUUUGGUUCAAGAAUUCAUGAAUCUAUCGUUACGAGAGGUGAAACUACAAAUACAAAAUUGGAUAUUAGAGUCAGAUUCUGUGAACGAUGUAGACUUUUUAGCGUUCACUUCAUUUCUCAGCAGCUUACCAAAGAAAAAGCGCAUAGAAGAUUUGCAUGUAUUACUGAAGACCAUGCACAGGUGUAUCGAGAGAACUGGACUUUGCCUUUGGCAUCAGACUUAUAAAAAAACCGUCGAACACGUCCAACGCCACAUGCUAGCUAUGUAUGAUAGCUGCCUGAUGGUAUCAUCGAUAGAAUGUGAGCAUCUUGAUUGCAAAAAUUUUAGAACUUAAAGUGGCGAAAUGAUCUCUGCAUGAAUGAAAAAUCGAUGGCAGAUAUUAACAUAAAGAACACUUACCUGGCAGAUACUCCGAAAAAGUUUAAAAAUAGAAAGUUUCAAGUUUACAAAGCAAGCUCAAACCGUUUAAGUUGGUCUAUCGGUUGAAGUUGUAACAUCGGAGUU